CGCUCGGCGGCGGGCGCUGCCUCCGCAGGAAGCGGCCCCGCGGCCCGGCCCCUCCCGCCGCUCGGCGAAGGGCUCAUGCACUCUGCGGCGCGGGCGGCGGGAUGGCUCCGGCUCCCGGCGCUGAGCCGCGGCCCCCUGCACUGCUGCCGCUGCUGCUACUGCUGCCGCUGCUGCCCGGCCGCGCCGCCGGCCUGGAGGUGCAGCGCAAGUUCCUCUCGCCCACCCCCACCAACAACUUCGCCUUGGACGGCCCCGGCUCCCGCGUCUACCUGGCUGCCGUGAACCGGCUCUUCCAGCUGUCGGGGGGCGAGCUGGCGCUGGAGGCGGAGGCGGCGGUGGGGCCGGUGCUGGACAGCCCGCUCUGCCACGCACCGCAACUGCCGCAGGCCUCCUGCGAGCACCCCAAGGUGCUCACCAACAACUACAACAAGAUCCUGCAGCCCGAUCCCGAGCAGGGCGUCCUCGUCGUCUGCGGCUCCAUCUACCAGGGCCUCUGCCAGCUGCGCAGCAUGGCCAACAUCUCGGCGGUGGCCGUGCGCUUCCCGCCGGGCGGCAGCGACCCGGUCACCGUCUUCCCCAGCAUGCUGAACGUGGCUGCCAACCACCCCAACGCCUCCACCGUGGGGCUGGUGCUGCGCCGCGGCGGCGGCGGCGGGGCGCGGCUGCUGGUAGCCGCUACCUACACCGGCUUCGGCAGCCCCUUCUUCCCCCGCAACCGCAGCUUGGAGGACCACCGCUUCGAGAACACGCCCGAAAUCGCCAUCCGUGCCCUCAACGCCCGCGGCGACCUGGCCAAGCUCUUCACCUUCGACAUCAACCCCUCCGACGACAACAUCUUCAAGAUCAAGCAGGGCGCCAAGGCGCGGCACAAGCUAAGCUUCGUCCGCGCCUUCCUGCAGCGCGGGGCCGCGCCGCCCGCCCGGCGCCCCUACGCGUACCUGGCGCUCAACAGCGAGGCAAACGCGGGCGACAAGGAGAGCCCCUCGCACAGCCUCCUGGCCCGCAUCUGCCUGGGCGAGGCGGCCGAGACCACCCUCAACGGCAGCGGCGAGACCAAGAAGCUGACCGAGUCCUACAUCCAGCUGGGGCUGCGCUGCGGCGGCGCCAGCGACGCCUUCACCCGCCUCGUCUCCGUCUUCCCGGCGCGGGCUGCCUGGAGCAGCCCCGCGGACCCGGGCCCGGCCCCGCCGCCCCCCGAGGAGCUGCUCUUCGGUGUCUUCGAGCGGGCCGGGGCCGGCGGCGGCGGGGGGCGGCCUCAGUCCGCGCUCUGCGUCUUCCGCUUCGCCGAAAUCGAGGAGACGAUCCGGGCUGCCCGCAACUCCUGCUUCGUCAGCCCCGCCGCCGGCAUGGUCACCGUGCUGGACAGCGUGGUGCAGGGAACCGGCCCGGCCUGCGAGAAGAGGAACAUACAGCUGCAGCCGGAGCAGUUGGACUGUGGAGCGGCUCACCUGCAGCACCCGCUGGCCAUCGUCAACCCCGUCACAGCGACCCCCGUGUUCACCUACAGCGGCCUCACCGCCGUGGCCGUGGCCAGCGUCAACAACUACACCGUGGUGUUCCUGGGCACGGCCAGCGGAGGACUCCUGAAGAUUAAUCUGGACAGUACCAUGAAGGUUAUUAGCAGGAGAUCCAUUUCAGUGGCUUACGGAGAGCCUGUCCACCCUAUCAUGCAGUUCGACCCAUCUGAUUCUACCUACCUCUAUCUGAUGACCUCCUAUCAGAUGACACGGGUGAAGGUGGCUGCCUGCAACCAGUACUCAACAUGCACGGAGUGCCUGGCUGCUGCGGAUGCUUACUGCGGGUGGUGCACGAUGGAGACCAGGUGUUCUCUGCAGCACGAGUGCACCAACUUCACAGGGGCCAACUUCUGGGCGAGCACAAGUGAAGGAGUGCAGCAGUGCCCUUCAAUGACCAUCUUGGAGCCCGAGAUUAAUAUUGACAAAGAGAACCCGGUCCUGAUAAUACAAAUAAAUGGGACUAUCCCAAACCUGAAUGGAACAAAUAUUUCAUGUGACUAUGGAAACAACAUCCACACGGUAGCCAGAGUUGCUGGAGAUUAUGUAAACCAAUUUAUUUAUUGCAGUUUACUUCCACGUGAGAAAUACCCAGCGUUUCCAGAGGACCAAGACCACGUGGUUGUCGAAACUGCUCUCCGGGUCAACAGCAAAAACAUUAUCCGGGCCAAUUUCACCAUCUACGAUUGCAAAAGAACUGGAAACAUUUACCCGAAGAGAGCGUGCACCAGCUGCCUCUCGACCAGAUGGAAGUGUCAUUGGUGCCCCUCCACCUAUGCCUGUGUUUCCAACCACUCCCAGUGUGACGAUGCACUGCAGAUGAAGAAGAAGAUUGACUGCCCGCGGAUUGUCCCUGCCUCUCUGGAGCCCAUGCCCACCGGAGUGCCCCGGGACAUGACGAUCACACUGGCUAAUGCAACUUUCUCUAAGGAGACAGCCCUGGAAUGCCAUUUUGGGACCGACAGAACAUUUGAAGCCCGGUGGGUGAACUCCUCUGCUGUGGAAUGCAUACACGUGCUGCUCCACACACCAGAAAAAAGCCAUCUCUUCCCAGUGAGCCUGCAGCUGAAGGAUAGACCGGACAGAUUCAUCGACAGUCCGGAGACGAUGACAGUGGAGGUGUACAACUGCGCGACCGGGAGCGCCGACUGUUCCCAGUGCCUGGGGAGGGAGGACCUGGGGCAUCGCUGCAUCUGGAGCGAGAGCAGCUCCAGCUGCCGCCUGCACAGCGAGAGCCCCCAGCUCUCAGAUGCCUGCCCUGCUCCAGAGAUUAAGAAGAUCGAGCCUCUGCGUGGGCCGCUGGAGGGGGGCACCCUGCUGACCAUCCGCGGGAGGAACCUGGGCCGACGCUUCAGCGACGUCGUGGGUGCCGUGCGGAUCGGCAGCGUGCCGUGCGCCCCGCUGCCCGCCAGAUACGUCGUGUCCGAGGCGAUCGUAUGCCAGACCGGAGAGGCGCAGGAGGCGUUUUCGGAUGUGGUGACAGUGAAUGUGAGCCGGGAGGGGAAGUCCAGGGAGCGGUACUCCUACGUGCUUCCUUUGGUGCAGUCUAUAGCUCCCCUCAAUGGCCCGAAGGCAGGAGGAACCAGAGUGACCAUCAGAGGCAGCAGGCUGGAUGUCGGCUCCGAGCUCCGUGUCCUGGUCAAUACCUCCAGGCAGUGCACUGACCUCAGCCGCAAUGCCAGCACCAUCACCUGCACCAUGCCCUCUGCGGAGCUCACCACGGCCGUGCGAGUCUGCGUUCAGUUCGAGAACAAGUCUUGUGCCAGCUACAACAUCACCUUCAAGUAUGAGAAGAACCCGAUUAUAUCAGACAUCAACCCCAAGAAGAGCCAGAUCAGCGGCGGCAGGAUCAUCACCCUGGAAGGAAGAGGCUUUGAACUGGUCCAGAACGUGUCCAUGGUGGUCCGAGGCAUUGGCAGAGAGCCGACGAGCUGCAAGGUUCACACCGACACCACCAUCACCUGCCCCUCUCCUGCUGCCUCCAACAUCACUGUGGGGAGCAAGCCUGCACCCGUCGAUUUCUAUCUCAAUGGUCGCCUCUACACAGAUGACCGUCCAGCUCUGGAUGAGGAGAUGUACCCCGAGGAGGCCUUGCACAUCAGCAAGUUCAGCCUGGAGUACUAUGCUGACCCCCAGUUCUUCACAGCCAAGAAGGAGAAGUGGAUCAAGCACCAUCCUGGCGAGCCCUUAACCCUGGUUAUACAUAAAGAGCCUGACAGCCUGGGCCUGGAAAGCAACGAGUACCAAGUGAAGAUUGGCCUUAUCUCGUGUGAGAUCCAGAUUGUUUCGGACAAAGUCAUCCACUGCUCUGUCAACGAGUCACUGAGCACCUCGGACAGGCAGCUCCCAGUGACGAUCCAAGUGGGGAAGUUCAACUACACAAUUGCAAUGCUGCACCUUGGGGGAGGAGAGACCGCAAUCAUCGUCUCCAUUGUCAUCUGCAGCAUCUUGCUGGUUCUCUCUGUUGUAGCUCUCUUUGUGUUUUGCACAAAGAGCCGCAGAGCUGAGCGCUACUGGCAGAAAACCCUGCUCCAGAUGGAGGAGAUGGAGUCACAGAUCCGGGAGGAAAUCCGCAAAGGUUUUGCGGAGCUGCAGACAGACAUGACAGACCUGACCAAGGAGUUAAACCGCAGCCAGGGGAUCCCGUUCCUGGAGUACAAGCACUUUGUCACCCGGACAUUCUUCCCCAAAUGUUCCUCACUCUACGAGGAGUGCUACAUCCUGCCAUCCCAGCAGCUCAACUCCCAGGUGGGCUCCCAGGUCCAGGAAACUCAUCCGCUCCUGGUGGGGGAAUGGAAAAUCCCUGAAAACUGCAGACCCAAUAUGGAAGAAGGAAUCUCGCUGUUCUCCACCUUACUCAACAACAAGCACUUCCUCAUUGUGUUUGUCCAUGCUCUCGAGCAACAGAAGGACUUUGCUGUUAGAGACAGAUGUAACCUGGCCUCCCUGCUUACUAUUGCGUUGCAUGGGAAACUGGAGUAUUACACCAGCAUCAUGAAGGACCUCUUGGUGGAUCUAAUAGAUGCUUCAGCUUCCAAAAACCCCAAGCUGAUGCUGAGGAGAACGGAAUCUGUGGUGGAGAAGAUGCUCACCAACUGGAUGUCCAUCUGCAUGUACAGCUAUCUCAGAGAGACAGUCGGCGAGCCCUUCUUCCUGCUGAUCUGUGCGAUCAAACAGCAGAUUAACAAAGGCUCCAUCGACGCCAUUACUGGGAAGGCCAGGUACACCCUGAACGAGGAAUGGCUCCUGAGGGAGAACAUCGAGGCAAAGCCAAGGAACCUCAACGUCUCCUUCCAAGGCUGUGGCAUGGACUCCCUUAGCGUCAGGGCCAUGGACACAGACACGCUCAGCCAAGUGAAGGAGAAGAUUCUGGAGGCCUUCUGCAAGAAUGUCCCCUAUUCCCAGUGGCCAAGGGUGGAAGAUGUCGACCUUGAGUGGUUCGCCACCAGCACCGACAGCUACAUCCUGCGGGACCUUGAUGACACUUCGGUGGUGGAGGAUGGCAGGAAGAAACUCAACACACUAGCACAUUACAAGAUCCCUGAAGGGGCAUCACUGGCCAUGAGUUUGUCGGACAAGAAGGACACUACACUGAGCAGAGUGAAGGAUCUGGACACGGAGAAAUACUUCCAUUUGGUUCUCCCAACUGAUGAGUCGGUUGAACAUAAGAAGUCCCACAGGCAGAGCCAUAGGAAGAAAGUCCUCCCCGAGAUCUACCUGACCAGGCUGCUCUCCACAAAGGGCACGCUGCAGAAGUUCCUGGAUGACUUGUUCAAAGCCAUUCUGAGCAUCCGAGACGAUAAACCACCAGUGGCUGUGAAGUACUUCUUUGACUUCCUAGAGGAGCAAGCAGAGAAAAGAGGGAUCACAGACCCUGACACUAUGCACAUCUGGAAGACCAACAGCCUACCUCUGAGGUUUUGGGUCAACAUCCUGAAGAACCCCCAGUUCGUCUUCGACAUUGACAAGACAGACCACAUCGAUGCCUGUCUCUCUGUGAUAGCCCAGGCUUUCAUUGAUGCCUGCUCCCUGUCCGACCUGCAGCUGGGCAAGGACUCCCCGACCAAUAAACUGCUGUAUGCCAAGGAGAUCCCCGAGUACAGGAAGAUAGUGCAGCGAUACUACAAGCAAAUCCACGACAUGCCGCCGCUCAGCGAGCAGGAGAUGAACGCUCACCUGGCCGAGGAGUCGCGGAAAUACCGAAAUGAAUUCAACACCAACGUCGCCAUGGCCGAGAUCUACAAAUACGCCAAGCGCUACCGCUCCCAGAUCGUGGCUGCCCUAGACACCAACCCCACAACAAAGCGCACCCAGCUCCAGCACAAGUUUGAGCAAGUGAUUGCGCUCAUGGAAGAUAACAUCUAUGAGUGCUGCAGCGAAGCCUAGGCCAACUGCAGCCCUGGAAGUGACCUUCUCCGCAGCGCAGUGCCGUAGGGAACCUGCCUUCAGCCGCGGAUACGCUGUGGAUCGCCUCCGUAAGGGCCAUUCUCAAACCAGCCUUGCAAUGGGGGUGGGCCUGGCCCACGGCUGAAGGGCUCCUCACCCAACAAGAAGCCACGAGACACCUUUCCGAGCAGCUCAAACCCCCUCUGGUCUGCACUGUGGCACCCAUGAUUUAUUUGCUGUUGCCAGCCAGAAAUGGAGACGUGACCCUUGUGGCAAGCUCAGUUCACCAUUUUCCUCUGAUCAGCACCUGAACGGUCAGCGGUUCCCUGCAUCCCUGUUUGUGGUUCCUCAGGACAGAGAUGGGGCUGCAGAAGCCAUAACAAUUACACAAAGCAGAAGGGUAACCUCAGGGAGCAGAGACAGCAAAGGCCAUCAGAGCAACGCCUGCGCUCCCUACUACACCAUCCCUCCGACAUCCUUGUUUUGCCAUCACCAGGGACUCUGUCAGCUGAUCACUAUCUGCUGCAUUCUGUGUAUUUUUGUGCCUUUUAAUUUUUGUACUGUAUGUGUAAACAUAACCACUCCUCCAUUGGAGACUUGGGCAACAUGGGGAACUCGGGACUAAGACAAAGCAGCUGCUUCCCAAGUAGCUGGGGCAUGGUGAAAGCACUUUAUCCCCUAAUGGAGACAGCUGUUAUGGAGCAUGUUCCAUGUUUAGACAGUGUCGGAAGGGCUGUUCCCCCUUCCCCAGGUUCCCCGACCUGCGUGCACAGUGAGCUAGAGCUGGGUAGUAUCACGACAAAAGGGGUCAGCUCCUGCUGACACCCUCCGUGAGUGGGCUUGAGCCACACACAGGGCAGAAUACAAGGUAGCACCUUCCCCCCUCUGCCCCAUGUGCUCCAGCAUCUCCCUGCGAUCAUCCCUG